CCAGAGUCGAGUCAUUUGGACUAGAUAAAUAUUCCAGUCUUCUGCGGCCUCCCUUCAUUUACGCACAACAUCUUCAUAUCCUACGUCGAUAAUGUCUACAAUUCACGAGUUCCGGGAUGCAAAGUCUACUGAUGGCGGAGGUCCUGCUGCAAGCGUCGAAAUGACGACUCAGUCUACCAGGAAGUCUUUCACUCGGAGUACAAGCAGACUCCAUGAUUCGAAGGCUGUGGACGUUGCAACGCGGGAGGUCCCCGCCGAUGGUGGCGUUGCGUUAAAAGAGAAGGACGAAGGAAAUACUACUGUGACGAAGACUCCUGCCAUGAUAUGGAAAGCAAGAAUAGACUUUGCGGCACUUUGCUUCACUCUAUUCCUAGCGGGCUGGGACAGUGGGACCGCCGGACCUUUAAUUCCAAGGUUCCAACUAUUUUAUAAUGUCAACUUUACCAUUGUUUCCCUGAUAUUCAUUAUGAACUGUGUUGGAUUCCUUCUCGGAGCGGCCACGAACGUAUUUUUGACCGAGAGACUCGGCUUUGGAAAGGUCCUUGUACUGGGCUCCCUCGCACAGACAGUUGGAUAUAUACUAAUGGCGCCAGCACUACCCUUUUCUGUCUUUUGCAUUGCAUUCCUCAUUAAUGGCUGGGGCAUAUCUCUUCAAGACGCUCAAAGUAACAGCUUUGUCGCGGGACUAUCGGAGAAUUCAUCUGCAAAGAUGGGAAUCAUGCAUGCACUCUAUGGCUUCGGCGCGGUCUGCUCCCCAUUCGCUGCCACGCAAUUUGCACAAAUGCCGAAGCAUUGGUCGUAUCACUUUAUAAUUUCGACUGGAAUCGCAACAAUAAAUACAAUAUUUCUGGUACUUGCAUUUAAAGGGAAGACUAUCGAUGAAUGUUUUCUCGAGAUAGGUGAAGCUGCAACCGAACAAGGGACGAGUGACGACAGCAAGUACAAGCAAAUUUUGACAAAUAAGGUUGUCCACCUUCUCGCAUUCUGGAGCUUGGUCUAUGUCGGUAUCGAAAUUACUAUAGGAGGGUGGACUGUUUCAUACCUCCAGAAGCAUCGGGGCGGAGGGCCCUCGUCCGGUUAUGUCUCUACCGGUUUCUUUGGCGGUCUUACGCUUGGACGCGUCCUCCUUCUGCAGGUGAAUGAGAAGGUCGGGGAACACUUGAUCAUCUACAUUUACACGCUUUUGGCGCUUGGGCUCGAAUUGGUCGUAUGGCUCGUCCCAAAUCUAAUCGCCGACGCGGUGGCAGUCUCAUUUGUUGGUUUUGUUCUCGGCCCUAUGUACCCAAUCCUCAUGAAUGAGACUGGCCGAUUAGUCCCGCAAUGGUUACUAACCGGUUCCAUUGGAUGGAUCGCGUCGUUUGGUUUUGCCGGUUCUGCACUUUUCCCCUUCGCCACUGGAGCACUUGCUGAGAGGUUCGGAAUUGUGAGCCUGCAGCCACUUCUCAUCAUCCUUUAUGGGGUGAUGUUUGUGCUCUGGCUGUUGGUCCCAAAUGGUGCUAGGCGAACGACAUAACGAGAAAGUCAUUGAAAAAAAUAGACGCAAACAGAAUACAUCUUCACUCAUCAACCCAUGGAUUAAUCGGAACGACAUUUCAUCAACUCGCUAUAGGGGUAGGAUUUUCACAGCAUUUUUGAGCCUUUGUCCAAUUGAAGUGAAAUAUGUCUAUUUGUAC